GCGCGGUGGGAGGCGGGACCGCGCCCGCCCCGCCCGCCCCGCGCCGAGGGGCAGCGCCGAAGCGUGCGGUGCGCGUGCGGUGCGGGGCGGCGCGGGGCGGCCAUGGCGGAGCGGCGGUACCGCUCGGCGUCCGGGGCGCCCGUGGCGCUGCGGCGCCGGCAGCACAGCGCCUCCUGCCGGGAGCUGGCGGUGCGCGGGCCCCGCCUGCAGCUCCGCGCGCUCAGCGCCGCCACCGCCGCCGUCUGGCUGGCGGCCUACGGGCUCUUCGUGCUCAGCCAGAAUAGUAUGGUGCUUUCUGCUGCUAUCUUCAUCACACUAAUUGGCCUGAUCAUAUACCUGCACUUUGUGAAAAUUGAGCAGGAAUCGCUGCUCGUCAUUGGCUCACUUGGGAUUCAGGUGACUUCAUCCUAUGCUUCAGGGAAAGAGAGCACAACUUUCAUCGAGAUGGGUCGAGUUAAGGAUGUGGUUAUCAACGAAGCCAUCCAUAUGCAAAAAGUUAUCUACUACCUGUGCAUCCUCCUCCAGGACCCUGGAGAUCCUCAGGGAGUAUCUGAGGUUGUGCCACUCUUUCAGAGCUCCAAGCCGCGUCUGGACUGCUUGAUAGAAGUGUACAAAAGUUGUCAAGAAAUUCUGGAGCAGAGGAAGACAGCUCCUCAAUCAAGUGGUAUAAAAUAGUUAAAAAAAAAAAAAUAAUCAAGGCAGCAAACUUGGUGCAAGACUUGGAGAGACAGAUGGAAGAGGAAGCAAAACUGCCCUGGGGCUGUUUUUUUAACAGAUGAGUGGGAAGUGGUGCAGCCGUACAGUGAUGUUAGGGCUAAAGGCCUGCCCAGACUCACAGAGUUGUUACAGAAAUUGUCAGUUCAAUCACACAAGUGAACCUUGAAGUCUUCUGCUACGAAGACAGGUGAGCAGAACUUUUUAUAGUGAGACAAAAAAAGAUUUUUCCUUGCCUUUCCAGAAAAGAAUUAUGGAGAAACAGAGUAAAGGGAGGAAAGAACAUCCAUUACUUGUUUGGAUCUGAAAAUUCUGAUAAACUCACAAUGCAACCUUGGACACACUGCCAAAAAUGUGCAUUUUCUUAGUUUCUAUUUAACCCUUUGUUUGAAAAAAGAAUAUACAAAUACCAAAACUGUUGGGUGGGCUGGGAUGUUAACUUACUAAUCCACAGGAAAAUUUCAGGAAGAAAAUAACAAUUAAAAUACACUGUUGCAUUCAUUUAUGUUUAAUUAAGUAAACAUAAGAGAGCAGACCUUGGCCUCUUCAGGGGUCUGCUUGAAAGAGUCCCAUGGGUUGGGACCCUAGAGGGAAGAGGGGUCCAAGAAAGCUGAUUGAUAUUCAAAAAUCACCUCCUCCAAGGUCAGUAACAGUCCAUCUCAAUGAGCAGGAAGUCAAGCAAAAAUGCCAAGAAGCCUGUAUAGGUAAGUAAGUUGCUCCUGGCAAAACUCACACAAAAAGGAAGUACACAGAAAGCUGAAGCAGGGACAGGUGACCUGGGAGGAAUAUAGCAACACCGUCUGAGGUGUGGCUAGGAAAGACAAAGCCCACCUGGAGUUUGACAUAUUGAUAUCAAAUGCAACAAGAAGGGCUUCUGCAAGUACAUAAGUAGCAAAAGGAAGACAGGGAAAAUGUGGACUUGUUGCUGAAUGGGGAAGGGACAUGGUGACACAGGACCUGGAAAAGAUGUGGCAUUAAAAGGGGCACAUCAGUUGCUCUGAGAAGAGGAAAAUGUGUUGUUGAAAAUUAUGGUAAUGACUGUGUGAAUAAAGUUUUACUGAGCUGUUCUCUCAGGAGUAACUCAA